AUGGUCUUGCGAUGGGGCUGGAAGCCAGAAUUUAUUGAUCGUAGUCUCACUGUGCAAGUUGGGACUACUUCUUCUUCCGCAAUUGAUCCAUUACCAGCACUGGCUGAUAUUGCCAAGAGACGGGAAUGUGGGAUGUGGUUCCAUGUUGAUGCAGCUUAUGCUGGUAAUGCCUGCAUUUGUCCAGAAUUUCGACAUUUUUUAAAUGGUGUUGAAAAUGCCCACUCUUUUAAUCUAAGUGCAAAUAAGUGGCUUCUUACCAAUAUUGACUGUUCCAUACUUUGGCUGAAAUGGGAUACUCUUUUCCAAUCUUUAAAGCUGUGGUUUGUGAUGCGCUUGUAUGGAGCCUCGGGACUUCGUAGCCACAUAAGAACUCACAUAAACCAUGCUAAGCAUUUCGAGAUCCUUGUGCCAGAGGACUCUCGCUUUGAGUUGCCAGUCUUAGCACCAUGUCGAUUUGGUCUCGUUUGCUUCAGGCUCAAACCAAACACUCGGAGAGAUCUCUGUGAAGAUAACGGAUGGAAACUGAACUGUUUGCUUCUGGAAACUGUUAACUCUGGGGGAAAGAUUUUCAUGACACACACUGUAAGAAGCUCUCAAGCUAUAGUGAAAUGGGACUAUAACCGAUUUAUCCUCAGGUACUCUCGGGCGUGUAUACAUUGA